AUGGCGCGGAACGCCCCCGAUAGAGCGUUCGAUGCUUUUCACCAGCUUCAGUCUUUGUUUGAUCGUCUCAGCUUGCAAGCUUCGCCUGAAAAAGACUGUCCACCAGCCAUGACCAUGACUUGCCUUGGUAUCGAAGUUGACACCAACGCCUUUUGUCUUCGUGUGCCGCGCGAUCACCUCGACGAUUUGUUACUUGAACUGACUCACUGGAGAGCUCGCACAUCUUAUCACCUCAAAGAAUUGCAAUCACUUCUCGGAAAACUGUCUUUCGUCACAGCGUGUGUGAAGUCAGGCCGCAUUUUCAUGUCCCGGUUGCUGAACAAUUUGCGUGCUUUUCCAUCUUCUCGACGAACCGCGGUGGUCUCACAUGAUAUGAAAUUAGACAUUGACUGGUGGCUCACUUUUCUUCCUCUUUUUAAUGGAGUUUCCUUCAUCAAGUCAGAGGUCUGGUCUUUUGAUGAUUUCCAUUUUUCCACCGACGCUUGCUUAUCUGGUGGCGGGGCCACAUGUCAAGACCAAUGUUUCUCCGUUGUAUUUCCUCCGAACAUUCUUCAGGAAGCGACGCAUAUCACUGCUCUAGAGCUGUUUGUUGUGGUCGUUGCGAUUCGAGCUUGGGCUCCCCUUCUCGCUCAUCAUCGCUUUAUCGUCUCCUGCGACAAUGAAGCGGCGGUCACAGUAAUAAACUCUGGCAUCACGCGCGACCCUUUCAUGCAACGUUGUUUGCGCCAGCUUUGGUUUACUUCUUCCUUACACGACUUCGAGGUUCGCGCAUCGUUUGUUCCAGGCGACCACAACUUCUUACCUGACGCCUUAAGCAGAUGGCAUCUUCACCAGAAGCAUCAACGUCAUUUUUACGUUUAUUGUCGCAAACUCGCUCUUAAGUACACUUUUAUUGAGGUCCCUGAUCAACUCUUACGUUUUCAAGUAUCGUAGGACUGACAGUUGAUUUUUUAUGUCUUAAAUUGUAAUUAUUAUUAUUUUUUGUGUGUAUUUUUCUAUUCUUUAGGCAAUUAUCCCAGAAUCGUAGUCAUUGACCGGCUCCGCGAUCACCUCACAUCAUUGGCCUUCGCGGAAUCCACUCGGAAGAAUAUGCAGUCUCAUCUUAAUGCGUAUCUUAGUUUUUGCAAUAAUUUUAACUUUCGCUCAUUCCCUUUGAAUGUUAUCGUGGUUUCACGUUAUGUCUCUUAUCUUGCUCAUGUUGGUCGCCGCUUUGGCACCAUCCAAAAUCAUAUUUCUAGUCUUAAACAUUUCCAUCAAGUUUACGGUUUUUCUUCGGGCUGGGAACAGCAAUAUUUUUUUCAGCUUAUCAUUAAGGGCACUAAGCACUAUCUCGGUAUGCAGGCUACUAGGAAAAAAGCGAUCACGCCUCUUAUGUUGCACCGCAUGACCUUUUUCUUCAAUUUACGCAUCCCAUUACAUGCUGCUAUGUGGGCCCUUUUUCUCGUGGCCUUCUUUUCUUUCUUGCGUAACUCCAAUUUAGUUGUCAAAAACAUGCGCAGCGUUUCAUCUGUCAAGGUUCUACGUUGCAGUCACCUUAUACUAAACGAGAACACCGCAUUUUUGCGCAUUCUUGCCACCAAAACAAUCCAGUUCGCGCAGCGUUCACUUAAUAUUCCAUUGCCAGUUAUCCCUGGAUCUAUUCUGUGCCCAGUCGCCGCUUUGCAUACACAUCUCAAGUUGAAUCAGGUGCCCGCUAGUGCUCCACUCUUUUCUGUUCGUGCCAGCGAUUCAGAGUCGGCUCAAGCCAUUACUUAUCUACCGUUUUCGCGUUUUCUGGCUCGGUCCUUAAAAGCUAUCGGGGCAGAUCCCAGUAAUUUUCCCCUCAUAGCUUUCGGCGGGGGGGGCGACUUUCGCUUUUGAUUGCGGUCUUCCAGGGGAACUAAUCAAAUUACAAGGGGACUGGCGCAGCGACGCUUAUUUGGUUUAUCUUGAAAUGACAGAUCAUCAAAAACGUACCGCUGUUAAUGCUAUGGCUCACACUUUACAGCAAAUUGGUCUUUAG